AUGAACUUUUAUUCUCCUUGCCGCUCAACUCCCAUUCCCCAUUUUAGUUCCCACCAAACAAACACGCGAUCGGAGUCGGAGGGUUUCGGUUUGAAGUGUCCAAGCCAAGGCCAGGCCCAGGGCAGGGGGACCAUGUCCAAGACCGUGUCGCGCAUUCCGUCGAGCACCCUGACCUCCCUCCUCCCGCGCGCCCUGAAUCCCCACGUCGCCGUCGUCGACCUCAUCACCACCCACCUGACGGCCGACGCGGAACCCACCAAGACCCUCGACCUCUCCGGCCUGCUCCCCUACCUCGGCCAGGACGAGCUCACCGCCGUCGUGCUCCACGCCGGCCACUCUCACCCGCUUCCCACCCUCCGCUUCCUCAUCGCACUGCCGCCGCCGCUCCAGCCGUCGCCUCCCCACCUCGCCUUCCUCGCGCACUCCCUCGCCACCACCCGCUUCUUCUCCCACGCGCUCGACGCGCUCACCCACCUCCUCCGCCUCCACCCAACCCACGACGCCCUCCCCACUCUCCUCCUCUCCUACCAGACCGCGCCCCACCCCUCCCUCCCCGGCCUCCUCGUCAAGGCGCUCCUCCGCCGCGCCCGCCUUCGCCACGCAUUCCACGCCGCCCUGCGCGCGUCCGCUUCCGGCUUCCCUCCCGACACCGUCGCCUUCAACGCGCUCCUCGUCGCGCUCUCUCGCACGGAGCGUUUCCAUGAUCUCUGGGCCGCGCGGGCUGCCAUGUCGCGCGCUGGGGUGCGCCCCAACGCGCACACGUUCAACAUCCUCGUCGCCGCGCUCUGCCGAGGUGAAGACGCCGAGCGCGCGCAGGGCUUCAUAGAGGAGCUGGAGGAGCAAGGUUUCGAGCCAGACGUGGUGACUUACAACACCCUUCUUGUUGGGUUUUGCCGCAGGGGGAGGCUGCAGGACGCUCUUCACCUGUUUGAUGUUAUGCCGCCCAGGGGUGUUGAACCAGACUUAGUGUCACAUACUGUCCUGAUGGACGGGCUGUGCAAAGCCGGGAGAUUGAGCGACGCUAGACGCAUGUUUGACAGGAUGGUCCACAGCGGGGUGAGCCCCGAUGCUGUAGCUUAUAGUGUUCUUAUCGCAGGGUACUGUAAUGAGUGCAGAGUGAAGGAGGCGAGGUUGCUGCUAAUGGAGAUGGUAGGAAAAGGACUCUCGUCUGAAGGAUCCGUUCUCAAGAGUGUGAUUGAGAGUCAUGUCAAAAUUGGGAAGCUGCUCACUUGCUUGAAUAUGGUGUCGCCUUUAAGGAAAUAUGGUGUUGUCAUCCCAUUGGAGAGUUACAAUUGCUUGAUUGGUGCAUUGUGCGAGGAUAUGCGUCCUCAUGCUGCCAGGUGUUUGUUCCAGUGGAUGAUAGAGGAUGGGCACAGUCCUAGCUUGGAGAUGUAUAAUAUGGUAGUAGAUUGCUUUUGCCAGUGCGGCAGUGUGGACGAGGCUUUAGAUAUAAAGGUUGAGAUGAGCUCUAGAGGAGUGAAGCCAGAUUUUGAUACUUACCGUACGCUAGUGACCUGCCUUUGCAGGGUGAGGAGGAGCUCAGAUGGCAAAUCGGUUAUGGCAGAGAUGAUUGAGUCAGGUCUCCAGCCGAAUGAGACUAUCUGUGCUGCUUUGGUUUGUGGGUUCUGCAAGGAAGGUUCUCUUAAUAAAGCAGAAUUGAUCCUGAAGGCUUUUGUUCUUGAUUUGCAGGUUUGCUGCAAUAAGAGCUAUAAUACUCUGAUGAGAGCUUACUGUAUGACCAGGAGCACCACAGAGUCAUUGGAAUUGCAGAACAGGAUGUUGGAACUGGGUUUUGUCCCAAGCAGUGAUACAUGUCGAUCUCUUGUUUAUGGGCUCUCAAGAAGCAUUGCUUAA